UAAUGCAAAAGGAGUAAGCUUAACAGACCAAAUCUGCGCAGCAUCAAACCUGCUCACAGUCAUGCCUUAGCUGCCUAGCAACCUAAAGGACUGGACGUAGCUUCCCUAAUAUGUUGUACACAACCGAAGAAUCAGUCCAUGUACAUAGCAGCUGCCUUCUAUUGCUGAUGUCUAUAAACACUGAUCGACCAGAAAGACAGCUGGGGAUUGCAGGACUGCAUUAUUUAACUAAAGAGCUGACAAACUGUUCUCCAAUGUGGCUACUAUGGUAAGCAACGGUCUUCAAAAGUGAAAAAAAUUCUGUCUUUUUACCAAGGCAAUUCUCUGUAACAGACAGGCAGAUGGGCAGACAAAAGUAAAAAUUAAGCGUAGGCUGAAUUACUCCAGAUAUGCGCAUGUUCGGCAGCAGCCUCUUGCUGGUAUGAUGGCUAGCCAAAAACAUGUUUUCUGCCGGCGUUUGCAUCUCUAUCCAUAAGGGGCCCGACGAAGGAAGUUUCCUUCUGCAGAAUAUCAAGAACAAAGACUUCAGAAGCUUGUGUAUUAAAGGCUAUCAAGAUUUAUUUUAAUAAACAUGCUGCUUCAAUGGAACUUCUAAAAUCAUCAAAUACCCACAUGUAAAAAUGGAUUACUUACUUACUGAUCGCACUUGGAUGAGGUGAUAAGAGGAUUUAAAAAGGUCUGCAAUAGCCAAAUACUAACCUGCCUCUUUAAACUGCUGAAGAAACACAUAAAUAUAUAUUUUAAAAGGUUAAGCUCCUCAGAGCUGUUUCAUAAGGGACACAGUCCGAGAGGAAGCUGUAAAACAUAGCCAAUGUGAGCACAAAAGAAAACCUUUAGGCAUUGCAAUUAGCCCUGCUGCAACAUGCUUCAGUUGAGAAGACGGUACUGCUGCCUAAUGAAGAUGACCUGGAAUGUUAAACGUUCACUAUUUCGUACUCAUAUUACUGCACUGAUUUGCCUUGUAUUUUUAUUUGCAAUGUUUCUGUUCAUUAAUCAGCACGAAUGGGUAACUAGCAAAACUUGGUCAAAGGAAACUGGUUAUUCUGUUCCUAUUCUGAGGGGAUUCAGGUCACCAAAAAGUACUACUAACCAGAGCACAAUGAAAAAUAUUUGGAAAGAGGCUGUGCAAGUAUACAAGAUUCAUACAGUGAAUCCUAGCACUGCACUUUCUCCUCCAGAUGUAACUGGAUUAGGGGACGUACUGAAUGCUAAUGGAACCACGCACAGUGAAAAGAAGACAGGAUAUAUACCCCAUCACCAGUAUAAUUACAUCAUUAAUGAACCAAACAAAUGUGAAAAACAAAGCCCAUUCUUAAUUGUGUUGAUUGCAGCUGAACCUGGCCAAACUGAAGCUCGACAUGCCAUUCGGCAAACUUGGGGAAAUGAAAGCAUUGUCCCUGGAUUACGUAUGGUACAUCUUUUUUUACUAGGUUCUAAAAUGUCUGGUGGGAACUUUCAGCAGACUUUAUUGGAAGAAAGCAGACAGUAUCAUGAUAUUAUUCAACAAGACUUUCUAGAUACAUAUUAUAAUCUCACUAUUAAAACUCUGAUGGGAAUGAACUGGGUAGCAACAUACUGCCCACAUGCCUGGUAUGUUAUGAAGACGGACAGCGAUAUGUUUGUGAAUACAGAGUAUUUAAUAAACAAACUCUUAAAGCCUGCACAUCCUCCACGUCACAACUAUUUCACCGGAUAUCUAAUGCGUGGAUAUUCGCCUAAUCGCAACAAGGAUAGCAAAUGGUACAUGCCCCCAGAGCUCUACCCAAGCGAGCGAUAUCCAGUCUUCUGUUCAGGCACUGGUUAUGUUUUUUCCGGGGACUUAGCUGAAAAGAUUUUUAAAGUCUCUUUGAGUAUUCGGCGCUUGCAUUUAGAGGAUGUCUAUGUUGGAAUCUGUCUUGCAAAACUGAGAAUUGACCCAGUGCCACCACCCAAUGAGUUUCUCUUCAAUCACUGGAGAGUUUCUUACUCUAGCUGUAAAUAUAGCCAUCUCAUUACCUCUCAUCAGUUUGAGCCCAGUGAAUUAAUCAAAUAUUGGAACCACUUGCAGCAAAACAAGCACAAUGCGUGUGCCAGCAUGGCAAAAGAGAAAGGCUACAGAGGACAUGGCAAGUACCGUAUAAAGAAAAUGCACUGAUGACAAUUCUGAAACCAAGAUACACAAUCUUAACUCUAUUGUAAAUUAAUGACCCAAGCAUGUAUAAAGAUUAUGUACAAACCCAAUGCAACAUUCCAACGCUUACAAAAUCAUUUUCAGGAUUUGCAAUUUUCAAUCGCUCCUUUAAAAGUGAACCUCUCAGAAAAAGUUGCAAGAUUACUAUGGGCAGUAGAUGUUGUGAAGUUUAUCUGCUUUUGGAGUCCUUAGUUGAUUGAAUGUCUAUGUAUACCAAACUUCAAAUUUAUUUUAGGCAAUUCAAAGCAAUGGACCUCAGUGAACUAUUCUUACUGUUUAACUGUGGCAACAGUAGUUAAUCUCAAAAUAGAAUGUGGUUACAAAUUUUGUUGUUAGCUGUACAAGUUAAUCUAUGUCAAGUUUUAUUGAACCUUGUUAAUAGGAGCUUUUUAAGGAAUAUCAUUUGAGAACAAUAAAAUAGAAUGAUUUUACAAAGCUAUAUCAUUCAGAACAUACACUAAAAAGUUCAAAGAUACAGCGCCUUCUACUAAAGAGUUACACAAAAUAAUUAGUACGCCAACUUAUUUUGAGGGAAGCAUGUCUUAUUUUCCUACAUUAUUAACUUCAAUUGACUGUUUCUCCACAUUCAUAUUAAUGAUCAUGGACCUUAUUUCAUUAUAUUUAUGACUGUCCUUUGUGAUACACUUUGUU